UUGAAUAACGUCUUACUUUAGAAGAGUGGCAUUCCAAAAAAAUCGAGAAUGGAGUGAAACGACAGAAUGAAAGAUUAAAAACACAUAUUACUUUGUUACCACUGAACGGAUUUUAGUCAUUGAUUUCUCGUUGGAUAGUAAACAAAUUACUCUAGUUCAUGAAACCAUUUUUACUAACAUUUUUUCAUAGUAAAGUGGUUAAAAUUCAUAGCAAACUUGAUUAUAAUUCAACCAAUCGCAAUGUUGCAAUCCAGGCACUUCCCUAGCACAGCCGACACUAAAGCAUACAAACGAUUUGACUUUGUAAACGAUUUGUAGUUGCUGUUGUUGUUUUGUUCGCUUGAGUGCACAACGACACGCCCACCGGAAGUAUAACUGUCAUUAGUCACAUAUAAAAGUUAGUAUGCAACAAUCUGCCUAGUCUUCAUUGAUCAUCCGAUCAUUGUAGUAAAAGGAUGAUAUUCUGGAAACCGAAUCGACCAGUAGCAAGAACUGAAUUUCUCAUUCGUUCAUCGACCGGCAAAACGGACGAUUCUUUCUGAAGCAGCAUAAAGUGGGUGGUGGCAAAUAUUAGUCGCUUAUAAAAGCGCACGCCAUCGAAUUGAAUUUCUCAUUUGAACUAUCAUUUUCUGUAGAAGGGCGUGAACAAAAACGCUUAUAAAAUCCGCAAAAAAACGCAUAAAAAUGACUUAAGUAGGUAGCUUCAUUUCACACAACCCAUUCCGCCCCCAGAAUAAUUCUUUCAACUGAUGUCCCGCGAUAAAGUUUUGACCAUCUGGUUAAUUUAUUAAAAUACAAACAGGUUCUUCUGCAUUUGUAGUACUUAUUUAAGUAUUCAACGCGGUCGUGGCUUCUGCUUUUUCUGACCAUCUCAAAGCAAUAGUCAACGUUAAAGUUUAAGCCAAAGUGAAUUGAUUCUUUUAAUUAAUUUCACACAUUCCGUACUCUGAAAUGAACAGAAUUUUUGGCCUUUGAAUAGGUUACACUUCAAGUGGCGGACCCUCUAAUAUUUUCAGGCACACUGAAAAAUUAUCCUAUUUAUUUUCGAAUUCAGAUUAGAUUGUAUAUGUCAUAUGAAAGUGCACAACGAACCAAUAGUUCAUAGAUUAUUUUUUCAAACUCGAAGGAAUUUGAAUAAAGUUUUCAGUGAGAGUUGUAGUUAUUUCAUGCGUACUUUCAUGAAUGACUAUCAAGAAACAACAAAAAAAUUAUAAGCUUUUUCCAAUACUGUACAAUACAAAAAUCCCUUGCAGUAAUUGCAAUAUGGAGUGUUUUAAUCAAGUUUUUCCUUGAAUGUUUUGGGUAUAUAAUUUACUUAUUUUGAACAAAUAUGAAAAACUCUAUUUAACCUGGAUAGCAUCGCUUUCCCCAGGUGGCAUAAAAAGGAAAAAGAGAGUCAGAGACAGACAGCAGACCAUUCCGAUGCUUAUCUGGCCACGCUUUCGUCAGCGUUUCGGCUGAUAAGAACAUUUUCGUUGCAAACUAUGAUAUCAAUACGAAGUUGUGACUUUUAUCGCGGCUGGGUGUAGUCUUCGAUAGUGAGUUCAACCUGUCGGUUGAACGUUCCAACAGGUGUAUCUAUACAGUGCGUAGUUUUUUUUCUACGAAGAGUGUUGCAAUAACCGUGAGAAUAUUAGUCAGGCGACAUCGGGUUCUUGUGAAACAAUGUUAAAAUCAAUUUCGAAGCCGCCAAUGAAAAUUACUUGAAACAAACUACUUCGAGUUUGUGUGCUUAGCAUACUUUUCUAGCAUGUAUCUUUUAUCAAGCUUAUUCUCUUAUUGAUUUUAAUGCAAUACAGCAACAAAACCACAUACACGAACAGAGGCCAUUUGAUAAAAAUUGUUCAGAAUAAACUCUUUAAGUUUAUUGCCGCUUAUACAUCUGCGCAGUCUAGACACAGGAUGGCGUCCCUAACACAUUUAAAAUUUAUUAAUGUGCUACUUUAUAUAUUCUUCAUGGCCUCCCGUGCGGUGGCGUACAAUAUUCCCCAGGAGUUGAUUCACUGCUAUCGGGGAAACUCCACCUUGCCAACCGUGGGCUUCAACCAGCAGCUGUUGCUAGAGCUUAUACGGAAAAUCGAGCUUAAAAAUCCUACCACGCUGGACAUGCGCAUGCUGAGUGUGGAGUUGAUGCAUCGCAUUCGUAUCGAUGGCAUCGAGAAAGCUCCCGGCCUGAGGGAAACGGAAUUCGUAACACCGUACAGCACCCGUGGUCUGAUGGUACCAAAGUAUACACUUCUUCUACAACUUGUGUCCAACAUUCCGGGUACGGUUGAGUUUGAGCAGUUUCUGAGCCCUUCAGAGAUUUGUUCACUGCACCGAUUGCUCAGCAGUUCCGUUGAACCGUACCAACGUGGUGAUGAGCGCGUAACCUGCCCGGGAACGCUGGCGGAUUCUAGAAAUCCCCAAGCACCUUGGGUCACUCAAAACAAGAGCCAACGCAACCAAACAAGCAGCACAACAUUUGAUCGACCUAUUUCCCGUUGUCCAGUGGAGGGUGGAACCUAUCGGAGCAACAAAUACGGGUCGAUUGCUCCUGGUGUCGUGAUCGCAUCUAUAGCUGCCGGCCUACAACCCCAGAAUGUUCGUAUCAGUGAGUUUAUCUCCGCGUACAAGCGAAAAAAUCCCUAUGAAAAUCUGGAAACUAUGGAACGAGGAGACACCCGUAAACAGCUGGAGAAACUGUUCAACUCAAUGGAAGCGAUCGACAACACAUACGUGACUGGGUUGGCGGGAGAUUUGGCCGAAGUGUGCCUCUAUCAGGGACCAUUCGUUGGGACGGAUUUACGAGUCGGGUUAAAUGGAACGUGGAAUGAUACGUACUUUCCUAGAGUUAGACAUCUAACAGAUGAGCAUAACGGUCGUUGGGAGAUGACGGAUAGUGAGAUAUUAUCGGGUAUUGAUGGGUACUUCUUGGCGCAACAAGUUCCGAACUUCGUUAAUAAAGUUCGUCGGCUUCGAUUGUCACAAGUGCUAGACAUGUACUACAGUGAUCGAGGAAUUCCAGUAGUUUCGAUAGAGAAUGUGCAGAAACGGAAACUGCACAACAGCAGGCUGUCAGCUACGAAGAGUCCGAAGAAUACCGAACUUCGGGAAGAUUCUUUGGAUGAACUUUUCAACGCUGAUAUCAAAAGUCGCCUAAGCGACGUUUUCAACGAGGAUGAUGAUCCCGCAUCGAAAGGUGAUCAAUCGGCUACUGAUGAAAUCAAUCGAGCAUGCUAUCGCAAGCAGAUUCUGCAAAGCAUUGACCGUGACAAACUGCGACAGGAAACGUUCAACUUCGUUCAGGUGUUACAGUAUACUACGGGUAGCGUUGUGGUGGAGGACUCACUAAUGCGUCGGAACUGUGACGCAGCCGUCGAUAGGUUCUUUAGCUAUUCGACUAAUCUGCUGUCAACGAUAGCCGAUUGUUCUGUCGUGGGUUCUUCCGACGUUAGGCCAAACGUUGAUUUGCUAGUGGUGAUUGAUGGCUCAAGAAGUGUUUAUGAAAAUCAGAAAAUCAUAUUCCAUUUAGCGGAGUUGGUUGACAUCUCCAUUUACGGAUCGUACAUGGCAGUUAUUCAUGGUCAAACCGGAGAGUUUCUCGUGAAUCGCACUAAUAGUGUUGCUAGUGUUUUUGAACAACUUACAAGCUUUAAUGGAUCUUAUCCAACAUCUCUCUCGCUUUCCAAAAGCUUCAAUUCUAUAGUUAACCGAUUGUCCGCCCAAAUGGAACAAGAACGAUCCUACAGAGUGGUGGGUGCUAACUCACCUGUGAUCAUGGUAAUUUCUCAGGGUCAGAAAAUAACACAAACAGAUUACAAUAGCGCUCGGCGAAUAAUGACCAGCUCGUUCGAGCAGUUUCCGGAUUUGUACUUCAUCUUUCUGACCAACGAUGAUGGCACCUUUAGCCAGUUGACAGACUUUACCGGGCUUUCUCACAGUCGGUUACCGGUGGAAGAACACUACAAAAUAAUCAAAUCAACAUCGAUCGACCUUCAGCCAUUCAGUGGAGAAUUGUACGCCAUUUUGAAAGCGAUUCCCCAACGUUUGGUGGCGCCAUUCUGUCGAACGGCCUCGAAUCGAGACAUGUGGCACAACAUUAACAUACGUGAAGAAUACGAACAGUACAUUAGCCCAGGAGUGGAACUGCGCUAUCGUAUUAGUCGAAAUUUCCUCUGGGGUACUGGCGAGGUUAACAUUCAGUUCCAGAACUCGGCGUACGGCGAGUUCACCGUGUGCGGAACAUUCAACAACCAAUUGGCCGGUUUGCACUGCAAAACGACAUCACCGGAAGAGGACAAUGUGUGGUUUAAUUUUACCGGCCUGUGCUUGGGUGAGUCAGAGCUGCAAUGUCCAUCGCUGUACUUUAUCGUGCAGCUGGAGACUUCGUUCAUGAAAUGUAACGAAAAUGACUGCCGUUAUCCGGAUCAGGUACGGAUGGUUAUCAAGCAUCAAGGGCUGCGUUGUCCGACGGAUUUGAACGGGAAUGCCAGUGGGUUGGUUGCAAGCUGGGUCGGUAUAGUUUUGACAGUAUUUACCGUUUUGAUGAAUGACAGAUUAUUUCAAUAAA